AGCAAGGCGGAGAGAACCGACAGAGCGGAGAGAGGGAGUGGUCCUCCUUCCAGUUCUCCCCGCCCACCCUGCUGAAGGCGUCUCCUGAUUGGCUUCACGACAGCAGGGCUCAGGUUACAUUCGCGAGCGGAGCUGAGCGCGGGAGACCGGACCUGAGAGGAGAGCUGCUGGUUCUGCGCGGGUCCGCCGGCCUCGGACAGCCCAAGAGCUGCCACCCAACAUCACACAGACCCCCCCACCCCCGCCCUGCGCCAGGCUCCACCCCAGCCAAGGACCCCCCAACACUAGCAUGGACUGCUGCACGGAGAGCGCCUGCUCCAAGCCGGACGACGACAUUCUAGACAUCCCACUGGACGAUCCUGGUGCCAAUGCGGCCGCUGCCAAAAUCCAGGCGAGUUUCCGGGGCCAUAUGGCGCGGAAGAAGAUAAAGAGCGGAGAGCACGGCCGGAAGGGCCCGGGUCCUGGGGGACCGGGCGGAGCUGGGGGCGCCCGGGGAGGCGCGGGCGGCGGCCCCAGCGGAGACUAAGCCAG